AGUCGGGGAACGUGGACAGAAUCCGUAGCUGUCUAUACCGGAUCUGAUUUCUUCGAAUUAGAGAGAGGUGCAGGAGACGUCCCCAAGCAACGUAGAGCCUCUGUAUCUUGAUAACGGGGUACUGCGGAUUCCUUUUAAUCCUGGCUGGAACCUCCGCUGUAGUUGCGCCCUCGCUGGCGCUGAUCCUAAGCGAGUACUUGACAGGGCUGUGCGCUUUUUGCUUUGACCCUCCUCCGCAAGUUAAUGGGUCGCUACCCACUUUUUAAAAGGGCAAAUCCCCACAUAGCAUCCUUUGAGUGUAAACACCUAUCUGGUAAAUUGGGGAAAGUGCUGAUUCUUGCCACCUUGGUCUUCAGGAAGAAGGGCAGGAGAGAAAUACAUUGAAUAAGAGCAGCAGCCUGACUCCUUUGGGAAACAGGGUAAGGCUCUGGAGGGAACGAUGCCACCAAAGCGCAAAGCCCCUGCCCAAACCAGGGCAGCAGCCAAGGGCAAGAAAGUGAAACAGGAGCCGGAGCUAAAGGCUGAACCUGAAGAAGACAGUUUCCGCUCCACCGUGGAGGCACUGAAGGCAGCUCCCAAAGAGAAGCUCAAGGCCAAAAUUGACUCUGCCUGUCAGCUGAGCGACGUUGAUAGCGCCAAGAUUCACGAGGACUACGACUGCAUGCUGAACCAGACCAACAUUGGCCACAAUAACAACAAGUUCUACAUCAUCCAGCUCAUAGAACAGAAUGGGAAGUACAGCUGUUGGAACCGCUGGGGCCGUGUGGGAGAAGUAGGGCAGUCAAAACUCAACGCCUUUCCAUCCUUGGAGGCAGCCAAGAAGGAUUUUGAGAAGAAAUUUCGGGAUAAGACCAAGAACAGCUGGGGUGACCGGGAGAACUUUGUGGCUCACGAUGGCAAGUACACCUUGAUUGAGGUGCAACAUGCAGAUGAUGAAGAGGAGCAGGAGGUGACUGUGAAGGUGGACAGUGUAGAUGGAGUGAAGCUAUCCAAGCAAAGGAUACGGCCCUGCACCUUGGACAAGCCUACUCAGGAGCUGGUCUCGCUCAUCUUCAGCAACGACAUGUUUAAGGAUGCCAUGCAGACCAUGAAUUUAGAUGUGAAGAAGAUGCCGCUGGGGAAACUGAGCAAGCAGCAGAUUGCCAAAGGCUUUGAAGCUUUGGAGGCCAUUGAGACAGCACUGCAGAAGCAGCCGCCUUCUCAGAAGCAGCUGGAGGAACUCUCCUCUCGCUUCUACACCAUCAUCCCCCACAACUUUGGCCGGGCUCGGCCUCCACCCAUCAGCACUCAGGAGGUUGUCCAAGCCAAAAAGGACAUGCUGCUGGUCCUGGCAGAUAUUGAACUUGCCCAGAGUAUGCAGGCCCAGAAGAAGAGGGAAGAGGAAGAAGAGGAGGAAAUGAAGGUGGAAGAGGUCCCACACCCAGUGGACAAGGACUAUGGGCUCUUAAAGUGCGAACUCACCCUGGUAGACCCAUCAUUGGAGGAUUAUAAGCUGAUUGUAAACUACGUAGAGAAGACAGGCUGCACUUAUCGGAAGCUUCAAGUCCUGAACAUCUGGAAGGUGAACAGAGAAGGCGAGGGCAACCGUUUCAAGGCUCACAGCCACCUGGAGAACAGGAGACUGCUUUGGCACGGCACCAACAUUGCUGUCAUUGCAGCCAUCCUGAAGAGUGGUCUACGCAUCAUGCCGCACUCCGGCGGGCGUGUGGGCAAGGGCCUUUACUUUGCAUCGGAGAACAGUAAAUCGGCAGGAUACGUUGGCACCACCUCCAAUAGGGUGGGGAUUAUGUUCCUGAACGAGGUGGCCCUUGGCAAAGAGCAUCACAUCACCCAGGAUGACUGUUCGCUCCGCAAGCCCCCAGACGGUUAUGAUAGUGUCGUGGCCCGUGGCGUGACUGAGCCAGACCCUGCGCAGGAUAAAGAGAUAAUCCUGGAUGGGAAAAAAGUGCUGGUAUCCCAAGGAAAGCCUGUUCCUAUGGCUAAGUACAAGAGCUCCUGCUUCUCCCAGAGCGAGUACCUGAUCUACCAGGAGAGUCAGUGCCGCAUUCGCUACCUUAUUCAGCUCCGCUUCUGAGGCGUUUCUCGAGCGGCUUGCCUGCUGGGCCCCGCCUAUGCAGCAAGGAGGUCCUCGUCUGCCUAGCACUGAACAGGCACGUGACUGUGAUAUGGCAGUCCGCAGUUGGACUGCCUUGGUGUAGCCAGCCAUAUUUGUCAGCUCUUAGUGGUUCACUCAGGAAUUCUGGGGUCCCAGCUGGGCUGAGGAAAGCAGAACCACUCUCCAAGUUCGUUUUAGGACUGUGUUAGGCUCCGUAAUACAGAUGAAAGUCUGGCAAGGUGAAGACAACCAAAUGCUGACAAGUGGCACCUCCUCCUUUCAGAGCACUUUAAGGCCUGUAAAUAAAAGAAUGUAUGUUAAGCCCACCUAAUGUCUUUCCUUCCCUGUUACUGUCUACCUGGGCACAUAGCUAAUAUCCACGUAUUUGGCCCACCCACUGUAGAAGUCCAGGUACACAGGGAGGCUAAAUGAAGAAAAGGAAUCUCUGAAGGCUGUGACUGGGUUCAAACGUGGCAUGCUCAGACACGAACGCAGUUACACACCACUGCACUAAGCGUCCUAAACCAGGCAUGGCUAAACUUGGCCCUCCAGCUGUUUUUGGGACUACAAUUCCCAUCAUCCCUGACCACUGGUCCCGUUAGCUAGGGGUGAUGGGAGUUGUAGUCCCAAAACAGCUGGAGGGCCAAGUUUGGCCAUGCCUGUGACCUAAACCCACUGUAGUCACAUCUUCCACUAAGUAAUCCAGCAGAAUUUGUAUGAUAUGCUGCUGAGUCAUACUGAAACGUUGUAUUCCUUUGUGCGUUCCCUGAGGUAAAUGGGUUGUUGCACAUCUGGCAAAGUGCAAAUGGGCGGGGGGAAUAUGGGGUGGGUUUUUGUUGUUUUUUCCUCCAUGUGGUCAAGGAACUGCUACUGCAUUUACUUUAUUUAAAAUAUUUCAACCCACCUGUCGUCGCAAUGCAAUGCCGCACCGAGAAGCAAUAAUGAAAAAUGCAAACAGGAAAAUUAAAGGAGAGGAUAAAACCCACCACAGGAGCAGCAACAACAAUAAUCGUCAAAAUCCAGCCAGGCAAUCAAUCCCCUGUAAAAGGCCUGUUCGAAUAGGUGGGUUGUCACUGUGCACAAGGGCAAUAAAAGAGAAUGUUUGCACCAGA